AUGCAAAGCCUAGGCCAGAUUGAUCUCUACGUUCGGCCGGCCUAUCACCUAGAAUGGCCUGCAUUGUUGAAUAAACUAUCCACAGAAGCUGUCGGUCUCCAGGCACUUGACGUGUUCCUUGUCGUUGAGCCCAGUGCCAACCAGUGGGGAGCAGCGUUGGAUGUUGAAUUCGUGCGAGCGCUUGGGAGAUUCCAGGACUUGAGUACGAUGGAACUUCGUGGCUGGUUCCCCAAGGAGUGGCCGGAAUAUCUGGAGUCUAAGACUGGCUUGGAUGUUUUUAAGGAGUCGGAACACGAGGGUUGGUACUUGAAGUCGCACAGACGAUUUCAAAGCAUGCUUGACCGUCAAAGCCCUUGA